ACCAAUUCCGAGCAAAAUGGCGGCGCGCAUGGCGCGGCGCUGCUGGCGCUGGUUUUGGGGCGGGAAGCUCUGCACUGGGAAUGUCGUCGAAUUCCGUGACCGGCUACGGCCGGUGGCCACUAGCGCGCCCUGCCGGAGUGCUGGGGAGACUGCAGCGAAACGGAACUGUGAUGUUCCCUGGGUAGGAGUAGUGGGCCUGGAAAUUCAUGCACAGAUCACAUCCAACUCAAAGCUUUUUUCUGGUUCAGAAGUCCAGUUUGCAGCACCACCUAACUCUGCAGUAUCUUUCUUUGAUGCUUCUCUACCAGGAACACUACCGGUUCUCAACAGGAGAUGUGUAGAAGCGGCAGUGACAACGGGCCUUGCACUGAACUGCACCAUAAACAAGAAGUCCUUGUUUGACAGGAAACACUAUUUCUAUGCAGAUCUGCCUGCUGGCUAUCAGAUCACUCAGCAAAGGCUUCCCAUUGCCGUGAAUGGGAGCUUGUCAUAUAGCUUCUUUAUAGAGAAAAAACAGAAUGAAAUGGUCACCCGGACUGUAAGGAUCAAACAGAUACAACUGGAGCAAGACAGUGGAAAGAGCCUUCAUGAUGAUUUGGAGAGCCAGACCCUCAUUGAUUUGAACAGAGCAGGAGUUGGCCUCCUGGAGGUUGUCAUGGAGCCCGAUAUGUGCUGUGGGGAAGAGGCUGCUGCAGCGGUGAGAGAGCUUCAGCUUAUCCUGCAGGCUGUUGGGAGCAGCCAAGCAAACAUGGCAGAGGGCCAACUGCGAGUAGAUGCCAAUGUAUCUGUACAUCAGCCUGGACAGCAUUAUGGAGUGAGGACUGAAGUGAAGAAUAUCAACAGUGCCCGAUUUCUUGCAAAAGCAAUAGACUAUGAAAUACAGAGGCAAAUUGAAGAGCUGGAGAAUGGAGGCACCAUUCUGAAUGAAACUAGAGCUUUUGACGCUAAGCUUGGGUGCACCAUCCCAAUGAGAGAUAAAGAAGGAAAGCAGGAUUAUCGAUUCAUGCCAGAGCCAAACCUUCCUCCAUUGAUUCUUCAUGAUGCAAAAUCUUUGCCCUCACGCUCAAGCUAUCAGCAAGAGGUGAACAUUGAUUGGCUUCAGGAGAGGCUUCCGGAGCUCCCCAGUGUGAAGAGAGCAAAGCUUGUUGAACAUUAUGGGAUUCAGCCUCAACACAGUUUCACCUUAUUGAAUGAAGAUGGAUUAGCAGAAUUCUUCGAAACUGUUGUGAAAGCAACAGAAAUGAAUCCCAAAAAAGUGAUUGGCUGGGUUCUAAAAGAUACACUUAGCCUGUUAAAACAGAACAGUCUUCCAGUAAAGAAAAGUCCACUCAGUCCUCUUCUUUUGGCUGAACUUCUGAACCUUCUAGAACGUGGAAUUAUUUCUUCUUCAGCAGCCAAGCAGGUGUUUCAAGAGAUGUGGAAGGGAGAAGGAAAGUCUCCAGCUCUGAUUGCUAAAGAAAAAAACCUUGAACUGAUCCAGGAUCGGAAUGAGCUUGAGCGUAUCUGUCAGAGCGUGAUGGGAGGCCAUCCGAAGGAGGUUGCAGAGGUAAAGCAAGGAAACCACAAAGUGCUGAAUAAGCUCAUUGGAGCGGUUCAAAGAACAACAAGAGGACGAUCAGACCCUGUCUUAGUAAAGCAAAUGCUGGAGAAGCUACUAGCAUAGGAGCCUAGGGAGAAAAUUCUGUAUUUGGCAUGUGAGUUCCUGACAUUUUCAGUAGCAUCAGAGAACUAGUUACUAGUUCAGCAUCAUCUCUAUACCUUUAUCUAUCAAGACUUUUCUUGAUGGUUUUAUCACAUAUUCUAGCUUUUCCCAGACUGUUGUUCUGUUGGUCCAGAAAAUAAGCAUAAAAGAACAAAAAGUUCUCUUUUGGAAUUGCUGAUUUUGUAACAUAACUGAUAAAUAGCAGGGGGAAGGAUAUAUUCUAUUUUUUUAAAUGUCUCAAUAAAAACUUCUUAGGGCUUUACCCCAUAGGCUGCAGGUAACCCUCUUUACUUAAGAGAAGUAUGAGCAUCCAGUGAAAGGAGAAGUGCAGAAGCCACGAUUGUCUCUGCACAAUCCCGUUGCCCUUCAAACUGUAUAGGCAGUCAUUUUUGGCUGUCAGUGUUUUUCUCCCAGCUGUGAAGAGAGGCUGAGGCACCAUCAGAGUUCCUCAGUGGACAGUGGCAGUGUUGCACCCCACAACCCCACAUUAAGUCCAAAGUUGGUUUUCUGCCUGCAGAGCCCAGCCAGCAAGGCAAGAACAACACUGACUACGAAGGCAAAGAGAGCACCCACCAAGGUCAAAGGAUCUGCUUGAGUAUUUUUCCAAAGUUGCAACAGGGACUCUGACUUGUUCUGGGGUUAUCCCCACUGCCAACAGUGUUGGGGGACACAGGAUUGCACCUUAAUGUAUUUUCUUUGGCAUAAUACAAGCAAAAUACCUGCUUGAUUUCUGAAAUAUUCUAAAGUCUUCUAUAAUAAAAAAUAUGCACAAGUG